AUGGGUCGCUUGAACAAGAAGAAACAACAUUCAGCUCGUCUUGCGGCAAACAGAGAUUCAAAAAAACAAAAUGCUGAACGUCGAAAAAAGGAACAGUCUGGAUGGUUCGAUAUCCCGAAAGCCGAAAUAACACCUGAAAUAAAGCGGCAUUUACAACUUCUCAAACUAAGAGAUGUUCUCGAUCCAAAGCGAUUCUACAAAAAGGACGAAUUAAAAGAACUGCCCACGCAUUUUCAGAUUGGUACAAUAAUCGAUGGCCCGGCAGAUCCUCCCUCUAACCGAUUGACGCGUAAAGAGAAGAAGCGCUCUGUCGUGGAUCAAUUACUGGCUGACGAGGAAGCGAAAACUUAUUACAGACGGAAGUUUUUGGAAAUUCAAGAGGCAAAGCAGAGCGGAGGAAAGAAGUUCUACAAACGUCUAAGGAACAAACAAAAACCAAGCUGGCAGAAGGGCUUUUAA